AUGACGUCGAAGAGGAUUAAAAAACAAAAGCAAGACAUCAUUGAUGUUGACUCUCCCUUCCAUCCGGCGUUCCAGAGUUGUCGAUCUGUAGACGAGUUCCAAUACCUCUACAAAAUCGACGAAGGAUCAUUCGGAGUUAUCCAUGGAGCCAAGGACAAGCAGACAGGAGAACUCGUUGCCCUCAAACAUCUAAAAAAAAUAAAUGAAAGAGAAGGAUACACCAUCGCCGCUCGGAGAGAGCUUGAGAUAUUGCAUAAAAUGCGACAUCCUAAUAUCGUCGCAGACUGCGGACUAGCAUCGACUCCCAGCAACGAACAAGUCUUUAUAGUCAUGGAGCUCGUUAACUACGACCUUAAAGCUUUCAUGGACACAAUGUAUAGCAACAUGCAACUGUUUUCUGUUGAACAUUUUACGCCAGAUGUAGUUACGCGCUGGUACCCGGCACCUGAAAUUCUGCUUCUUUUUAAUGAUUACUCCUCUCCUGUCGACAUGUGGAGUGUUGGGUGCAUCUUCGCUGAGUUGAUUACCUUGUGGCCACUGUUUCCCGGCUCAUCUGAAUUGGAUCAGAUGACAAAGAUAUUCAAGACUUUGGGGACGCCCUCAGACUCAAUUUGGCCGGGUUACAGCGAAUCGACAGUAGUAAGAAAUCUUAUAUUAGACGACUAUCCUCCGGGCGGGUUGCGCAAAGAAAUAAGUCAGGAGCUGCUUUCAGAAGACGGACUGUCUUUACUGCAAUGCUUUUUGACAUAUGAUCCAUCAAAAAGAAUCACAGCAGCCGCUGCUUUAGAGCACGCGUACUUCAAUGAGCAGCCGGUGGCGGUGGAGCCGGCCAUGUUCCUGGAGUCACCCGCUCGCAGCGCUGUCAUGCCCGGGUGA